AAGGUGGAGCUGAAGGAUGACGACCCUCACCCGGCAGGACCUCAACUUUGGCCAAGUUGUUGCUGAUGUACUUUCUGAAUUUUUGGAAGUGGCUGUCCACCUCAUUCUUUAUGUCCGGGAAGUCUACCCCACUGGGAUUUUCCAGAAGAGGAAAAAAUACAACAUACCUGUCCAGAUGUCUUGCCACCCGGAGCUGAAUCAGUACAUCCAAGACACCCUUCAUUGUAUCAAACCACUGCUGGAAAAGAAUGACGUGGAAAAGGUCGUGGUGGUCAUCCUGGACAAAGAGCAUCAUCCGGUGGAGCGGUUUGUUUUUGAAAUCACGCAGCCGCCCCUGUUGUCAAUCAGCUCCGAUUCCCUCCUGAACCACGUGGAACAGCUGCUGCGUGCUUUUAUUCUGAAGAUCAGCGUGUGUGAUGCGGUACUGGAUAACAAUCCACCAGGCUGUACUUUCACGGUCUUAGUCCACACAAGAGAAGCUGCCACCCGGAACAUGGAAAAGAUCCAGGUGAUCAAGGAUUUCCCCUGGAUCCUAGCAGACGAACAGGACGUCCACAUGCAAGACCCACGGCUGAUCCCUUUGAAGACCAUGACCUCGGAUAUUUUGAAGAUGCAGCUUUAUGUCGAGGAGCGUGCUCAGAAAGGCAGCUGAACACGACGCUUCUUGCAAUG